AUGGCUAUGAAGUGCAAAGAGGAAAGAAAACCAACCGCAAUGUUGAGUUGUCGAACUCGGACAAAGUCGCCGAUAGCGUCUGCGAGGGCAUCCAUCGCUCACGCCUACGCCUUGUACGCGAAAUUCUGCAAAGAGACCAGCCUACACGGCCUUAAGCACACCGUAGCUGAGAACUUCUAUGUCUUCGAAAGGAUUAUCUGGCUAAUUCUUACGAUCAGCGCUUUUGGCGGUGCAGUGUACUGUGCUUUGAACCAGCUCGCUAGGUACAAUUCCGAGCCCGUUGUGGUAUCCCUGCAAAGAGAUUAUAGGGGUUGGUCGACGGCGUUCCCUGCGGUCACCGCGUGUUUUCUUGAGCGUGUGGAUCCUAACAAAGCCAAGGAAGUUAUUUACGGAAUCUGGAACGUAACAGAGGACUCCGACUUAGAGAAAUACCAAUAUUACUACGAGUUCGUCGAGCUGAUUGGCGAGAUAUCGUUUCGCGGGAACCUGCAGAACUUCUGGAAGUACCAGAACGAUGAGUCGGUCAACCACAUCGACCUGUUACAGCUGGCGAUCAGAGUACACCCGAAUCUGCCUUUGAAGGUCACCACUUCGCAAAAUAAGGAGGUGCAAUGGAUACCAGUUAUGACAGAGGAAGGACUCUGCCAAUCCUUCAACUCGGAAUACGCCCAGUAUCAAAGAGUCAAUGAUCAGGUCUGGAAGACCCAGGAGUUGAUGAUGUGCCAUUACCACAGCGAGGCGUGCUUUGUCAGGAUUGACUCCGAGGAGAAUGGUAUCAGGUAUUUCGUACAUUCGCCUUUCGAUAUAGCAACGGCGAUAUCUAACCCCACUGGGGAAGUAAUGCCGGGUGAGGAGCUGAUCACAGAUUAUAAGGUGGUGGAGAUUGAAGCAGCUGUCAGAAUCAAAGGUUUGAGAUCUGAACAGCGUCGGUGCAGAUACCCGGAUGAGUGGCUUGGCGGCUCAAUACAGAUGGCGAUGUAUGCGACGCGCACGGCAUGGCGUGCAUUGGACGGAACGUGGAGAUACUCGUCAAUCUGCCUAAGAACCUCGCCAACUGCCCCUGCAUGCCCCAGUGCGAAGAGCUCAAUUAUUAUUCACACACAAAGAAGAUCGCUGUUCGUGCUGCCUCUGGGGCUUGAUAUUGCGAUAUUAGGUAUCGCAGCGUAUUAUAUUACGCGAUUGAAGAAGCCGGAUCAGGAAAAUGUGUCGAAUAUUUUCGGACCUGUACCUGGGACGAAGGAAAGUUUACUGUACCCCGAUAAAAUAGUUAAAUGCAUAGCUCACAGAGGCGCUGGAUUAGAUGCCCCGGAGAACUCUAUGGAAGCUUUUAAAUACUGCGUAGAAAGAGAGUGCAAUUUCGUAGAACUGGAUGUGAGGACGUCAAAGGAUGGACAAUUGGUUUUGCUGCACGAUCCAAACCUGCAGCGACUGUCAGGUGUCAGCACAGAUCUGCAUGACACUGACUGGGACAGCGUCAGAAAUAUUGACAUAGGCGCUACACAUCCUAACAGGCAUCUGUACAAGGAAGUGCAUCUGUGUCUACUAUCGGAGGCGCUUGAAUAUCUGCUGUCAAAAAACGUCAAGAUUAUUAUUGACGUCAAGGGUGACGAAAAACAGGUGAUUAGCGGCAUCCUCAGGACUUUUUCAUCGAAUCCAGCUUUAUACAAGGAAGCCGUCGUGACAGCUUUCAAUCCAUUUACACUGUAUCAGAUUCGUCACAAGGACCCUCAGAUAGUCGGCGCCAUCAGCUAUCGGCCUUACUGUUUCAGCGCACAGAACUACGACGCGGAGAACGGUCCGAGCAACCCGAGGUACGGCGACAGGCUUGCCCUACACGGCCUCCUGCGCACGGCGGACCUCGUGCACUCGCUCCUGUGGCGUUGGUCGGCGAGGUGGUGUUCCGUGAGCGCUGUGCUACUGCACAAGGAUAUCGUCAGCCCGAGCGAGGUGUCAUACUGGAGAUCCUUGGGCGUACGUUGCGCAGGCUGGUGUGUGAACAGGCCCUUAGAGAAGCUUUACUGGAGGGCGGUCCUAAAGGCACCCUAUCUAGCGAACACCCUGUUGGGAGAGCCUGAGGAAAAGAGGGAGCAAGCCAAAAGAUCGGAUGACUUCGACCGUCCCGGGCCCGUAGUUGAAAGGCUGAUAGACACAGAGAAACGAAUGACGUCCGGGCAAAAUUAACAUAUUAUUCAAAACAUGUCCGGGCAAAAUUAACACAUUUGAAUGACGUCCACGCAAAAUUAACAUAUUAUGAUUCAAGUAAAGUCCGGGCAAAAUUAACACAUUUGAAUGACGUCCGGGCAAUAUUUACAUAUUAUUCAAAACACGUCCGGAUAAAAUUAACACAUUUGAAUGACAUCUGGGCAAAAUUAUCACAUUUGAAUGACGUCCGGGCAAUCUUUAUAUAUAUAUUUCUUGUAUUUACAUAUUAUUCAAAACACGUCCCGAUAAAUUUAACACAUUUAAAUGACGCCCGGGCAAAAUUAACAUAUUUGAAUGACGUUCGAGCAAAAUUAACACAUUUUAAUGACGCCCGGGCAAAAUUAACAUAUUUGAAUGACGUUCGAGCAAAAUUAACACAUUUGAAUGACGUCCGAGCAAAAUUAACACAUUUGUAUUACAUCUGGGCAAAAUUAACGCACUCCUAUAAUUUGAAUUACAUACUACCACAAUAACACAUUAUUUUAAUAACGUCUGGAAAAACACACAUCUUUUAUCAGUCUGACGGCCGACUGGCGCAGUGGGCAGCGACCCU